AUUCAAUGGAAAAAUUGAACAUUAGUUAUAUCCCGGUCGUGAACAAGAAAAAGUUACAGCAGAUUCGGAGAGAACCCAAAAUCCAAGCCAAGCACAAAGAGAGCCGAUAGGACAGAAGUUCUGUCUUCGGGAGCUCAACCCGUGUUCCAAUCAGUGCUCUCUCUCUCUCUAUACAGGAGUCAGAACAUCAGCUUUGGUACUUGAUCACCUACGAUGUGAUGCCCAAUCCCCUGCAUUCACAUGCAGGUCAUCUUUUUGUCCUUUCUUGGUAGAGGCAUCUACUCCUUGCUUGGCAUCCAGCGGUUGUUGUUCCAUAGCAAUGGUGUUUCCAAUUGUCUUAAAUUCUCCUCCCUCUGUUUCCUCAAUGCCAAGCUUUGCAUUCUUCAACCCUAGUUCUAUGAUUGUGAAAUUUAGUUGUACAUUGGAGUUCUCAGCCAGCAUAGAUGCAGUUCAUCGAGAGAUGAUCUCAGGCAAGUUGCUCUUAUUGUUGGAUUCCCUUUCAUUUAGGCUUGAAGCUAAAGAAAUGAUUAACAGAUCUAGACUAGCAGAAGCUAAAGGAGCCGGGAUGACAACCAGAUUUAGGAUAUCGCAUCCACAGCAAAAGGAAACUGCACAAUUGGACUUGGUGGGAAGAGUAAAAAAGGAUUCGGAUCCUCUCCUUGGCUACCCUUCCUCCUUUGCUGUCCUUGACUUCUGAUUUCAUCCAUUGACAUGCUCAUGUGGAGUUUACAAGUCAAUGUAUUUUAUCACGUUCCCAGUUGGCUGAUUGCUGAUGCUUGGUGAUACUUUUCACUAGCUUUGGGCAGGAGGUGUGAUGAUGGACGCCUUCCAACGGAUAUGGGGACUUUUUUGUUAUUUAGUGCCGGUAGGUUGGAGGAGUGCCCAGUUAUGGCUAAUGAGGUUGGCCCCCCAAUUUUUUUUCCUUCUUCUUUUCUGUUGUCAGUUCUAAAAGAUAUCUGCAUUAUCAUAUCACCUGUCUAAUUGUCUGCUUGCUAGAGUGGAAAACUUAAUUCACUAGGCAUGGGUCUUUACUUUGAUGCAUAAGAGACACUAUCUACUAUAUUCAUGGUUUGCUUUUCUUACUUUAGAAGACACCAUUGUAUAACACCAAAAGAAAAGUUUACCAUUUGAUCAUAACAUC